AUGCAUCGAAGGCGGGGCGGCCAGGCCGGCGCGAGCGCGUCGGGUUACAGACGGGCCAAGAAGCUGCGCGACCGCGCGGCGGUGGUUGACCUGUUCAACCUGCUGGUGGCUCUGGACGACCCCAGCGAGCUGACGGCGGAUGACGUCAGCGGUGUGGGUGCCAAGUACGGCAUCAACAUGCAGAAGGAGCAGAUGACGGGGCUGCAGCAGAUCUUCGGGCAGUACCUCGAGAACAUCAUACCCGCGGGCGACACGCAGCUGCGCGGCGACGAGGCGCCGAAGCUGAUCUUGUUCAAGGAAGCUCUCGGCCUGGGGGAUGAGGAGGCGGCGCCUGUGUUCAUCGAGGUCGGCCGCCGCCUCAGCCGCGCCGGCUACGAGACCAAGGAGCGCUCCCAGCAGUUUGAGCAGCGCAAGGCGUUCCAGCGCCUCAUAUACGUGUCCUACGCCGUCUUUGGCGACCAGAAGGCGGCCUUCCUGCUGCCCUGGCGCCGCGUGUUCAAUUUGAACGACAGCCAGCUGUUUGUGGCGCGGCGCGACAACGCGCGGGCGAUAUUCAACCAGCACCUGCGGGAGAACUAUGGCGGGCAGCUGCCUGCGGACAGAAAUGGGCAUGAAGAGUACACAGAGGGCUGA